UUUUCGUUUGCUUCUCUAUAUCAUUCAUUCCGAGAGGUGUCGUCUUGGUAUGUAAUCGCAUCUCCAUGGGCUUCUACUCCGGUGCAAUUCUCCCGGCCGGGAGGCCGCUGCCCGCCGCUCCUCCGAGGCUCUCCCCCGCCGGCGCCCUCCGCUUCCUGGACCGCCCCUCUGGACGUUUCGGAGGUGGCGCCUUCGCUCCUCCCCCUCUCUCCUACACCCGCCGUUGCCGCACCGCCAUCGCCAUUGCUGGAGACAAACGAUCCGAAGGCGAGAUCUCUGGAGAUUCCCCUCUUUUCUUGAACUCCGAUGACGACGAGAUGCAGGCGAUCGUUGUUGCCCGGAAAAUGGAGGAGCGUUGUUUCGCCGGCACGCCGUACAUCCCGGUCUACGUAAUGCUACCUCUUGAUGUCAUUAAUGAUCACGGCAAGCUGGCCAAUCCUGAGAUCUUGAUCGAGCAGCUAAGGGCAUUAAAAUCCAUCAAGGUUGAUGGUGUCAUGGUCGAUUGCUGGUGGGGAAUCGUUGAAGAUUCUGCUCCUCGAGUGUAUAACUGGGAUGGCUAUAGGCAUCUCUUUCAGAUCGUGCGGCAACUGAAGCUUAAGCUUCAGGUUGUGAUGUCAUUUCAUGAAUGUGGAGGUAAUGUUGGUGAUGAUGUAUGGAUUCCUUUGCCUCAUUGGGUUAUAGAAAUUGGCAACAGCAACCCAGACAUUUAUUUCACAGACAGAGCAGGGAGACGCAACACAGAAUGCCUUUCUUGGGGAAUAGACAGGAAAAGAGUAUUAAGAGGCCGAACAGCAGUCGAGGUUUAUUUUGACUACAUGAGAAGCUUCCGGGUAGAGUUCGAUGAAUUUUUUGAAGAUGGCACUAUAUCUGAGAUUCAGAUUGGAUUAGGGCCUUGCGGGGAGCUGCGCUACCCAUCUUAUCCAGCAAAGCAUGGUUGGAAAUAUCCAGGAAUUGGCGAAUUCCAGUGUUAUGAUGCUUAUUUACUUCAAAGUUUGGAAGAGGCAGCAAAAGCUAGGGGCCACCCUUUGUUAGGAAAAGUGCCACAAAAUUCAGGCUCAUAUAACUCCCAGCCUCAUGAAACUGGAUUUUUUCGUGAUGGAGGUGAUUAUGACAACUCAUAUGGCAGAUUCUUUCUUGGUUGGUACUCAAAAGUGUUAGUUGAACAUGGAGACCUCGUAGUAUCUCUGGCCAAAUUGGCCUUUGAAGGCUCAUGCAUUGCAGUAAAGAUAUCAGGUGUCCAUUGGUGGUAUAAAACUGCCAGCCAUGCUGCUGAGUUAACAGCUGGAUUUUAUAACCCAUGCAAUCGUGAUGGCUAUGCUCCAAUUGCAUCAAUGUUAAAGAAGCAUGGGGCAACAUUGAACUUUACAUGUGUUGAGUUGCGCACGUUGGAUCAACAUGUGGACUUCCCAGAAGCAAUGGCAGAUCCUGAGGGUUUGGUCUGGCAGGUGUUAAAUGCUGCAUGGGAUGUUUCUGUACCGAUGGCUAGUGAAAAUGCUCUUCCUUGCUAUGAUAGAGAUGAUUACAAUAAGAUCUUGGAUAAUGCUAAGCCAUUGAGUGAUCCAGAUGGACGACAUUUAUCAACAUUUACAUACCUCAGGCUUAACCCAGUUCUCAUGUACGCCCACAAUUUCAAAGAAUUUGGGCGCUUUGUCCAGCGGAUGCAUGGUGAAUGGGUUCCCCUCGUUGGUUAACUGGAAAAGGCUUUAUGACAAUGAUACAUGACUCGGUCAACUUCAUCAGUCAUAUUUGGUUCCGAGAUCACAACUUCUCAACAUAUUAGAACUUCAUUAUAGACUUGGAAGCCUCCCAUCUGUCAAAAAAGGAAGAGCACCACAUUGGCUCAUAUUGCAGCUGUUGAUGCAUCUUUAAUAGAGAGGUAGGGUCAAAAAAGGAAUGCCAGAUUCUCGGGUUUCAAAUCCAAGAUAAGAAAAGUUUGUCCUGCUUACAUCAAAUUUUUUACAACUUGAUAUGAUAAUAUACAGACAAACAUUAUGUUUUCACAUUCUGGAUUACCAGAAGAGGCUUCUGCACAGCAUUUUGAAUCUCCCAGCAGUUCAUUCAAUGUAGGAUCUUUCGAGUGUCGAAACUAAUAUUUUGAAUUCAUUCAGUGCAAAAAUGAAAUAAUUUCCAUAUGCAUUUGUAUGCGAACAAAGAAGGUUGGUAAUGAUGUCGAGCUGACAGUGGUCAGUAACACCAAACCGUGAAAUGUAAUUAAAUUAUCUUUUUUGAACUGUUCUUGAUAGCUGAAGACAGCUGCUCUAUCUUGGAUUAA